AUGACGAAGAAAGACUCCCUUGAAGACGUUCUGAAAGGGAAAGGAGUUCAUAUCGACAGCGAAAAUCGAAUCUGGUGGGAUGAAGAUGCCGAACAACAUCCCCGGAACUGGAAGGCUGGAACAAAGACAUACACCGCCGCCUUGAUAUGUUGGUUGGAGAUGUACAUGACAGCAAUUAGCUCCUCUGGGACGGCUACUGCAGACUCGGCACGAGAGGAGUAUAAUCUUAGCAGAACGCUGGCCUAUUUUGCCUUUGUUACCAUAUACUUGCUGGGUCAAACCAUAGGAAGCAUAUUCUGCUCUCCCAUCUCAGAAGUCUUUGGACGACGGACGAUAUACAUACUUGCGGCAACACUCUUUUGCAUUUCGUCAGCAAUAGUGGCCGCGGUGCCAUCGAUAAUCGCUGUAUAUUUUGGUCGAUUCUUGCAAGGGGUGGCUGCGGCAAUCCCUGCAACUGUUGCUUUUGGUAACUUUGACGAUAUGUACAACGCUGAGCAUAGGAUCUGGGUCGUCUACAUGUACACCAUUCUCGGUAUGCUGGGGCUGGCACUGGGCCCUAUUUACUCGACAUUCAUCACCUCGAGCAUAGGCUGGCGUUGGGUAUACUACGUCUCCACAAUCGUCAUGGGCGUCACCGCUGUUGCAUGCAUCUUCACGAGAGAGUCAAACGCAAAUCAGUUACUCGACAAGGUUAUCAAAGAAAUACAGGAAGAGACUGGAAUAGAUGACAUCAAGUCUGGCCAUGAUAAAGGAGAAAAGCUCACCGUAUCUGCCUUCGCGCAGAAGACACUCUUCCUACCCUUGAAGCUCCUUGUUACGGACCCUCUGGUACUCUUUUGCGCCAUACUAUGCGCCAUCGCGUUUGGUCUCAUUUACGGCUUGACAGAAUCACUGACGAUAGUCUACACUGCGCCACCCUUUAACUUUUCGCAAAACAACUCCAGUUUGGCAUUUAUUGCCAUCGCGAUCGGCGAGAUACUGAAUAUUCUGCCUCGGUUCUAUGACGCCUAUAUAUACAAGAAAUACCGCAAAAUACAUCGACGCAUCCUGCCCGAAAGUAAAAUUACCUCGUUUGCGAUCGCUGCUCCAUUACUUGCCAUCGGUUUGUGGCUCUUCGCCUGGACUAUUCCACCGCGGGUCACUUAUAUUCCCUGGCCUGUUAGUAUGAUUGGUCUGGUGAUGAUUGGAUUCAGUGCCAAUGAUUUCAGUUACGUGCUUUUUGGGUAUGCCACUGAUAGUUACGGCAAACAUGCUGCCAGCGCUGUCAGUGCCAUCAGCUUAACGCGUACGCUGACUGCCGGCGUCUUUCCACUUUUCACACAUCAGAUGUAUACAGGGCUAGGGAGUAAUGUCGCAACGAGUAUCUUGGCAGCGGUGGCGAGUCUAUUUGCAUUUACGCCAUUCCUAUUCUUAAAAUACGGAGAGAAAUUAAGGCAUAAGAGUAAAUUCGCGGCAGACAAUGAGGAGGCUCUGGAGCAGGAGAACUUUCACAUGAAGGAUAAGGAUUGA